CGGCCAUACGCGUUUAUAACGCUAUGAUAAUGGUUAACUUAGCUCCAGACACCGGUUGUUGCCAAUCAAAAUGAAUGAUUUGAACGUCAGCGACGACGUCACAGAAGACUCUUACCAUGUGACGACAUUGGAAGUGAUCCUCAUCAUACCAGAUAUACUGGUAUUCAUCAUUGGUAUAAUUGGAAACGGUACUUUGUGUCUUAUUAUUUUUGCCAACCAAUCAAUGCGUACAAGACACAAUACACUAAUAUGUAAUUUAGCGGUUGGUGAUCUCAUUUUCCUUCUAUUCAACGUCCCGAUUAAAAUCAUUCACACGUUCAACCCCACUAUCUUCGACAGUGUCGCUUCUUGUAAAAUGGCAAGCAUAUGUUCAGUGAUAACAAUCGCAGUAUCAUCGCUCUCAAUUGCUGCAUUGAGUGCAGAACGAUAUUUUGCAUCGGCAACCGCCAGAAACACAACGAUGACUGUAUUAAAAUUGAAAAAAAUCGUGGUACCAACUAUCUGGAUUUGCGCUAUCAUCUGCUCAAUACCAGUUUUAGUUCUCGCUAAAAUUAUGGAUCAUGGAGGAAAAACAUAUUGCCAAUAUAUGCCCGUUGAAACAUCAUAUGCGAUUGCAUACGAGGUUAUGAUUGGAAUUGCACUCAUAAUUAUCCCCCUGAUUAUCACUGUUGCGUUUUACUUAUCCAUGGCUAGGAAACUGGUUCGAGACUACAGUGAAAUGUCGGCUGGAGGUUCAAGCAGUCGUGAGGAAAAUAGUGUUCAUCAUGAUUCGGUGUCCCGACAGAGACGGGAAAGAGGACGACAGAGCUUAGCUGCCACAGUUAUUGCGAUCGCAGUCAUUUUUGGGAUUUGUUGGUUACCAAUAACAUUCUUCAAUAUAUUAAUUAAAGUUGCUCUCCACAAUGAGAUGUGGUAUAUUUUGGACUGGCCUGGCUUACACGCAUUGGGACAGGUUCUUGGUAUAUUUUCUCAUAUGAACUCCUGUGUUAACCCAAUCGUUCUGUACAUACGUAGUCGCACGUACCACACAUAUUUUAACAAAUAUUUGUGUUACUGUUGUACAAAUGCGAGACGAUACAUGAAACCUCCAGUCAGCACGUAACGUAACGCGUGUCAUUAAGAUAGUCUUGAUUGGAAAAACAAUAUAUCUUUUUGAUUUUUUUAAAAAAAUAUAAUAUUUUCAGGGACAACUUAUAUAGGACUCAAGUUACAUGCGUUCCAAUGUAAUGUUCAAAAUAGUUACCGGUACUUUGUAUAUAGAAAACUGUAUAUGCAUGUGGAGAUGUACUUGAAUAUUUAAACUAAAUGGUGUAUUCGUGUAUGUCGUAUGUUGCUGAUCAGUACAGCCAUUUAUGCUAAUCAGAAUGUGAUUGCCCUUACACCAGUUUUCAAAUAAAAACAAAACUUAAUUAUAUAUAUAUACAUAUAUAUAUAUAUAUAUUUAUAUAUAAUUGUUGUAUUAUACUUCAAUCAAAAUGUAAAUCUGAAUUCAAUAGGUUUUCCAAUAUUACGUAAAAAUAGUGUGUGAGGACGAGGGUAUGAAUUGUGUUUAAUUAUAGUAGUGUUUUUGACUAGGGAAGGCACUCUACUCUUUAUACAAAACUUCAGAUACGGUUUUGUAGUUCUUAAUGGCAUUGGUUUUCUUCUUUUGUUGACUUGGCAAGUUGUUUCAAGGUGAGCUUCCCUAAUUAUUUGCUGUUGACCCUACUUUUUUAGUUUAGUUUUUUAUUGCUGAACUUUCUGAUGGAAUUAAAAUAUUAUGUUGUAUGCUGACGAUACUAUGUCGUUCUGAUCUCCAAUUGAAGAAAUCUUCAGUAUAUUAUUUACCGUAUCUAUGAAUAGAGUGGGAAAUGGAGAAUGAUUCUUAACCCUGGAAAAGUUAUAGAAUUACUCGUUUUUCAAGAGUUAAAUCAGUAAAAUGUACCGGUAUUCGAUUAAUGAAGAGCAAGCAGAAUUUGCAUUCUAAAUUAAAUAAAAAUUAAAAGCUCAAUUUAUUUUCUGUUAGAUGGAGUUUAAUUUUUUUAAAGCUAUAUCCUUGGUAUACCUAUCCUAUAUCUUCUUCUUCUUCGUGUACCAUAGCAUAUUAUGCCGUAGGCGUUCAUGGAUUGUCUGUCAGUGUCUGUCCUGUCUUUUUCCAUCUCUUUCUAUCUCUCGCAAUAUUCCCAAGCUCUACAUCAUUCUUCACAUUCAGCUUUUCUUUCAUCCAAUCAAGCAUCUUCAUCCUUUGCCUUCCUCUCGCCCUUUUCCCCUUCAAUUCCAUCUCGAUGAUAUGUCUUU